AUGGACAGUCACAACUCACAAAUCACUACGGCGCCAAUCAGGUCGUUUGCUGUGCAAACAGCCACCGAAUCCUCAACGCCAAACACAGCCGCCAGUACCACCUCUGACGAUUCCGAUGUUUCUGAUGCCCUCUCCUUUAUUGGAAGCACACCAUCAACGGUUUUAUUUUUUAUUGCGUUGGCGGUUGGUGUCUUUAUUGCAUUGGUGUUUGUGUUUUUCACAAUCAGGUACUUUAUUCGAUCCAAGUAUGGUAUUGCUGUGUCCCCAUUGGGUAGAAGAACCCCUUAUACGCCAUCAACAUUUGGUAACACUGGAGCGAUCAAUAAUUAUGCCUUGACUCAUGUGUUCACUCCAGAGGAGAUCCAAGAACAGCUAAGCUAUAUGCGGGAUCAUAAUCAUAUCAGAGCUAAUAUUAUCCAAGAAACAUUGUCCUUCCGAGAAGGGCGUGUGCAACGAGAAAGAAGACGACAGGGUAGACGAAGAAGACGCAGAAGAAGAUUUAGCAAAAUGAAGAAACUAACAUCAGUUGAGGUGGAGAAAUUGUUUCCCCAAAAGUCAUAUUACGAUUGGUUGAAUGGAGGUAAGGAAAGAGAUGUUGAAAAGAGAGAUGGAAUGCUUAAAGAAGAGCCAGGCGAGCAUGGGAUUGUUGAGGUUGUGCAAGAUGCUGAUGACAGCGGGUCGUAUAACACUUUAUACACGGCGCAUGAACAUCACGGGAUCGAUUUGGGUAACGAUAUAGAGUUGAAGCGGAUGGAUGAGGCUGUGACGCGAGUAGAAACAGAUCAAGAUAUAACCGAUGAGGAGCCUAAAGUUGGUGGUAGUCCCUCGUCUCAUAUCGAAGCUGUUGAGCUGUCGCUGGAGAAGCGGACGGAAGCAGAAACACAAAGUCUACAUUUUGAUUCUGGCUCUUGUGCAAUCUGUUUGGAGGUACUUGAAGAUGAAGACAUUGUGCGUGGAUUGAUCUGUGGACAUGUUUUCCAUGCUAUUUGUCUCGAUCCGUGGUUAACAAAGAGACGUGCUUGUUGCCCAAUGUGCAAGCGUGAUUAUUUAUUCAAGAGAGACUACCAGCAGGACAACGAGGCUAGUAAUGAGGGAUCGAGUGAACAUAAUCAUGCAGACUCGAUUGAAAACACCAACAAUAAUACUGAAUCGCCAAAUGAUAAUAGCGAUGGAGGUGAAGUUGAUGACGACCUUGAAAGCAUUGAUAUUGAUGAAAUCCAACGUGAUCCUGCGCUUCAAGCAUUCAUUCAAGACUUGAUUCCAAUGUCGGAGAGGGCACGAUUAGUCUUGAAUGAUCCUCAAUAUGCCGAGAUAAAUCUUGAAGAAAGGGCUAAAGCAAUUUCCAAGAAGAAAUACGGCAGGUUCUUCAAGAUACUUGUGUGGAAGUUGUUGGGUAUAAAUAAACUGGAUUUAUUUUACUGGGCGGUUUUAACUUUGGCUAGUGAACACCGACGGGCUCAACAGUUGCGAGAGCUACAAGAAUCGGGUGCAGCAAAUGUUGGCCAUACGAAUGAUCCCGAAUCAAGCAGAAAUGGUAGUGAGAGUGGAGAUGAUAACGAAGCUGCAAAUAGCGCGACAAAUCAACCCGACGAACGCCUAGGCACCAAUAAUAACCAAAAUAGUUCCCCAAACCGUGCUUAUGCUGGACAUACAGAGGUUGAUUUUGCUGAUGUAUCUAGAAGAGAGGUAGUUGAUAACCGAGUCUAA